UUCCAUUUCGUUUCUUUCCUUGGCUCCGUCCCCAGGCGAAAAGCCCAGAAACUUCUACGGCCACCGAUCCGCCUCCGCCUCGACCCGCGCGUCUCGCCGCCGGCCGGCGCCACCAAUCCGGCCUCCCUAACGCCGCUAGUGUCACAUCUUCCUCUCUUGCUCGAUCUCGCUUAAUUUCUCUCUCUGGUAUUUCUCUUUUUCCCUUUUAUUUCCCCUUGCGGCACUCGCUACUGAGCCGACCGCAAAAGACGCGUUCGCUUCUCUGGUGACUUCCGAUAAGCCGUGCGUCGGGAAGGACCUCCUUAGAUCCUCUCAUCCCGGAAAGGACCAACCCAUUUGGGUCAGAAUAGGGAAAAGGGUAGCUUCCCAGUGAGACUAAGCCCUUCCCUACACUGUGAACAUAACAAAUUGCUUCUCAUGUCUGAGACGUCGAAGAAAAAGGUCCGCGAUCGCUCCGUGGAGUUCAAAGGAUUUUUGAAUGACCUGCAAGAUUGGGAUUACUUGCGUGAUGGUAAAGAUAUUAAUCAGAAAGGACGUGACCGUCAGAACAAUAAGCUGAUUGUUGAUGGAAAUAAAGCAUCUAGUAGUGAUCGGUCUGCACAGUUUGAUUACUUGAAGUACGCUGAUCCCAUAGGCCAAAUAUCUGGCAUUAACUAUAAUGAUCAAGUUCCACCAGAUGCCUCUUCAGAAAAGGAGUUGGGUAAUGAGUGUUUUAAGCAGAAAAAGUUUUCAGAAGCAAUUGACUGCUACUCUAGGAGUAUUGCACUAUCACCCACUUCUGUUGCUUUUGCAAAUAGAGCCAUGGCAUAUCUUAAACUUAAAAGAUAUGAAGAGGCUGAGAGUGACUGUACUGAGGCCUUAAAUUUGGAUGAUCGUUAUGUCAAAGCGUACUCUCGACGUGCUACUGCCAGGAGAGAACUUGGGAAGCUUAAAGCAGCUCUGGAAGAUGCUGAUUUUGCUGUGAGACUUGAGCCCAAUAAUAAUGAAGUCAGAAAACAAUAUUCUGAGACAAAAGCUUUGUAUGAGAAGGAAAUUACUAAAAGGAAUUCUGAAUCCUUAAAAUCCAUCAGUAAAGGCAGUGAACCACCAGAUAGAAAAUCCAAAAUUGUCAAGGAUGAUCAUCUGGUAUCAAGCAAAGCCCAAAAGGUGGCAACAAAUGAGCAAAAUUCUGGCUCAGUGCAAAUGAUCCAAAAGAGAAGUGAAGGUGCUCAAACAAAGUAUGAGCUAAAAGAACCACUGCAAGACGUUGCAAGUCGUGCUGCUUCUCGAGCUUUGGAGUCUGCAGCUGUUAAUCUUACUGCACCAAAAUCGGCUUAUGAAUUUGAGGUUUCAUGGAGGGCUCUUUCUGAUGAUAGUGCUCGCCAAAUGCAAUUGCUGAAGAUGAUCCCACCAGCGACACUCCCUCAUAUAUUUAAAAAUGCCUUGUCCGCGCCUAUUUUGGUUGACAUCGUCAAAUGCGUCACCACAUUUUUCAAGGAGGACAGUGAGUUAGCUAUUGGUAUUCUGGAUAAUAUGACCAGAGUACCACGUUUUGACAUGCUAAUGAUGUGUAUUUCGGCUAGGGACCGAUCAGAAAUUCAUCGCAUGUGGGGCAAUAUCUCCUCGUGCACCACUAUUCCGGCAUCUCAUCGAGAAGCAGUAGCUCAUCUUCGAACCAAGUACUGUAAUGGCGAGGACCAUAUGUAUGUAUCAAAUGGUUGGUCAAAGUGAGGCGAUGUAUGAGUUCAUCUUCCCAGAAAUUAACGUAUGACAUGAACAUCAGUUGAAAUCACCUGUUUGUGUUUGUUAGUGUAACAAAAACUGGAUCGCGUUUUCGUCAAUAAUAUGAUCAUUGUUCUACAGGUAA